UUUCCAUUUUGCACAGCCUUUGCUGGUGUACCUCUCGCUCUGUUCGAACCCAGCACCUGGUUUUGUGACCUGAAUGCAGCUGAAGCCCUAGACUAAGAUGGGCCGUUUGCGUUUUAUCUUGUUGCUGUGUCUUUCAGGUAAACUGCAGCAGGUUUAUGGAGUGUGGCCCCUGCCGCAGAGCAUCACUCAGUCUAAUGAGCGGUAUGUGCUAAAUCCUCACCUGCUCACUUAUGAGCACGCGAACGACUCAGCUGCGCGAGGCGGAUGCUCUGUCCUGGAUGCUGCCUUCAAAAGAUACUUCAGGAUCAUUUUCCCCGACUUUGCAUAUGGAACAGGAUUCACUAACACUUGGUCUGAGCCCAAACCCUUCACAGUGUCAGUGAGUGUCAGAAGUGGUGGAUGUGAUGAAUACCCUGAUGAAGAUUCAGAUGAAAGUUAUAACCUGAGUGUGUCAGCAGGUCAAGCUGUGUUAAGAGCAGAGUCAGUGUGGGGAGCCCUGAGAGGUCUGGAGUCCUUUAGUCAGCUGGUGUACCAAGAUGAUCAUAACUCAUAUUUUGUCAAUAAAACAGAAAUUGUGGACUUCCCACGAUUUCCGUUUAGAGGGCUUUUGCUAGACACAUCAAGGCACUAUUUACCAGUACAUGCUAUACUGAAGACUCUGGAUGCCAUGGCUUAUAAUAAAUUCAAUGUAUUUCACUGGCACAUUGUGGAUGAUCCUUCUUUCCCUUACCAGAGCCACACUUUUCCUGAUUUGAGCAACAAGGGAGCCUUUCACCCUGUGACUCACGUGUACACACAGUCAGACGUGAGGAGGGUGAUCGCUCAUGCGAGAUUCCGAGGAAUCAGGGUGGUGCCAGAGUUUGAUUCUCCUGGGCAUACUCAGUCAUGGGGUAAAGGGCAGCCAGACCUGCUGACGCCCUGCUACAAGAGAACUGUUCCCUCUGGAACAUUUGGCCCCAUCAACCCAACUCUGAGCUCCAGUUACCAGUUCAUGAACAGCCUCUUUAAAGAGGUAACCUCUGUAUUUCCUGACUCGUUUGUUCACCUUGGGGGAGAUGAGGUUGACUUCACAUGCUGGAAAUCAAAUCCUAAUGUGCAGGCAUUUAUGGCAAAGAUGGGCUUUGGGCAUGAUUACUUCAAACUGGAGUCUUUCUACAUGGAAAGUAUUAUGAACAUCACUGCUGCCUUUAACAAGACCUCCAUUGUUUGGCAGGACGUUUUCGAUUACCACAAGCGAAGCAAGGCUCAAUAUGUGGUGGAGGUGUGGAAAAGAGGAUGCUACCUGUGUAAGGUGCGCCAGGUGGCUAAGGCCGGACUGAAGGUCAUCCUGGCUGCGCCAUUCUAUCUGGACCUGCCUGGACCCACUCACAACUGGGCUCGCUACUACACUGUGCGCCCUCUCUCCUUUAAGGGCACAGAGCAGCAGAAGAAGCUGGUGAUUGGUGGUGAGGUCUGCAUGUGGGGAGAAUAUGUGGACGCAACCAAUCUCAGUCCACGCCUGUGGCCCAGAGCGAGUGCAGCUGCUGAGAGGUUAUGGAGUAAUGAAGAGCAGACGUCUAGUGUGGAUGAGGCCUUUCCUCGCCUAGAGGACUUCCGCUGUAAAAUGAUAAGACGUGGCAUUCAAGCAGAACCUCUGUUUAUAGGCCACUGCAAACAUGAGUAUAUUGGUCUAUAGAAUACAUGGAUCAGGACAUUUUAUUAUUAUUUAUUACUAAUACAUGAAUAUACUGUUUAUCCUAUAUUGCAAUGAAUUCAUUCUAAAAGAAUUUAACUGAGGAGAAAAAAAUGUAUCAUAGCUUUAUAAAACAGCAAUGGAAAUAGCCUUAAUUUCAUUUUACUAUUAAGUUCAUUUAUCUUAAUUUGAACUCAUCACUAUUUUGUAGAAUGAAGACUUUUUAUUAUGGUUAUUUAUGGGACUGUAAAUAAAUUGCUGAAGUAAAGCAUGUACACCUUUAAUGAAAUUUCCUUCUUCCAUUACACUGGUCUCAUCUCACUAGCAGCACAGUAGCAGAUCCUAUUAAGGCUGAUGGAGUUUACACCUGAGCUUAAUUAGGACAUAGUGAGAUGUGAGUGUCCUGAAAUAUCAGAAUCACAGUACGUUCUGCUGUGCAGACCACAAUAUGGCAAUACAUUUUGGGAAAAGUCCAGGACACAAAAGUCAUGCAUGUAAAAAAAUACAACUAGGGUUCACAGUAAAUAUGUUAUUCAAACUUCUAGUUCCCUGUUUUCUUUUUUCCCCUCCAUCCAGUCUCUGUAUGUUCUAUGGCCUAAUGGCCUGACCCUUAUUUGUGACAAUUCAGCAACAGUUCCUCAUUGCACACAAUAAGCCUCCCUAUGCCCUGUUCAGCAGUAAUGUAGUUGUUUAACGUAAUUCCCCCUAAUAUUUAAUUUACUUGCUAAAUGAGCUUACAUGGUAUUGAUAUUUACUUAGACGAUUGAUUUUCUCAUUGCUGGGAUUAUGAUGCUGACAGCAGAUGGUAGGGAUUGACUAAUCCUGCAAGGCCUAACGUUCCCUGGACCCUCCUUACACCACCUCCUGCUGGCCACUCGUAACCUCAGCUUAAGGGGUUCCACACUUCAGAGCCGCAGUCAGUCCUGUGCCUCAACAACUGCCAGGAAUUGUCUACCUGCUGGAUAAAACCUGUUCUGUUUUUUCUUUAUGAAACUGUGGAAAAAUUUUGCUCCUGUUUUAACACAAUCGCUUUAAUAACAAUAUUAUAUAAUAAAAAAAUACAACAUAAACAUAUGCAGCAUAAUAAUUGUACAGAACUAAUCUUAAAUCUCAUAAGUGAUGCAAUUUUUUUCUGCUGAUCAGU